AUGCUCGUGUCAAACUACGUUACUCCCACCGGAGAAUUGCCAGUACGGAUUCUGUCUGCUAGAGUUCGCGCUGCAAUCCAGAUGAUGAAGACAACCACCUCUCCGGGACCGGACCUCUUUUCGCCCGACCUUUUAAGAGCCGGAGGAAAUCGUCUACACAAGAUACUUACGGCGAACCUAGCGUUACCUUCAGAAAGGAAUCCCGACCAGUGGGGAACCUGGAACAAUACUCCAUCGAAAGAAGGGCGACGGGAAGGAUCUUCCGUUCAAUAUGCCUGCUUAGCGUGCUCUAUAAGCUCUUUACGAAGAUUUUCCCCGCAUAUCAAGGCACUGGAUGAAGCCUAA